CAAUUUUACUAUAAAAACCACCCCUGCUUUGCAACAUCACCAACCACAACAACUUGAGCCCUUUCUAUUGGUUCUUUUUUGGGUUUUCAGACAGUAUUUUCUUGGGAGGAAAAUGACUAUCCUUAUCGAGAAGCCUGAGCUAGUGUCUCAAUCAGACUGCCAGAUUCAUGUGGAUGAAAGUAAGGAAUUGGUGUUGGAUGGUGGAUUCCCAGUGCCGAAAUCUUUGUCAGGAGAAGGAUUUUUGGCACCAGAGGUCAAUUCAUUUGGCAACUCCUUUAGGGAUUACAAUGCAGAAAGUGAAAGGCAAAAGAGCGUGGAGGAAUUCUACAAGCAGCAACAUGUUAACCAGACAUACGACUUUGUGCAAAAGAUGAGGGAAGAAUAUUCGAAGCUGAAUAGAAUGGAAAUGAGCAUAUGGGAAUGCUGUGAAUUGCUGAAUGAGGUGGUGGAUGACAGUGACCCUGACCUGGAUGAACCUCAAAUUCAGCACCUCUUGCAGUCGGCUGAAGCUAUUAGAAAAGAUUAUCCUAAUGAAGAUUGGCUGCAUUUGACUGCCCUCAUUCAUGAUCUUGGGAAGGUUCUUCUUCUACCUAAAUUUGGAGGGCUUCCACAAUGGGCUGUUGUUGGCGACACAUUUCCUCUUGGGUGUGCUUUUGAUGAGGCCAAUAUUCAUCACAGGUAUUUCAAGGAAAACCCAGAUUGCAACAAUCCCUCUUAUAACACUAAGAAUGGAAUUUACUGGGAUGGCUGUGGCCUUGACAAUGUUACAAUUUCAUGGGGACAUGAUGAUUACAUGUAUUUGGUAGCCAAGGAAAAUGGAACUACUCUACCUUCAGCAGGGCUGUUCAUUAUCCGAUAUCAUUCACUUUAUCCUUUACAUAAGGAGGAAGCGUACAUGCAGUUUCUUAAUGAUGAGGAUAAGGAGAAUCUGAAGUGGCUUAGAAUAUUCAACAAGUAUGACCUGUACAGCAAGAGCAAGGUCGCUGUGGACGUUGAAAAAGUGAAGCCAUAUUAUCUUUCGCUUAUUGAAAAAUAUUUUCCGGCAAAGCUCAAGUGGUGAUAGGUUAAAGAAAUGAAAGAAAUAAACGGCGGCUUGGUGCUCUUCACUUUCUAUGUUUGAUCUAAUUAUGUAAAAAUAAAUUGAAAAUUCUUUCCUCCUUUUGUAUACAUUUAAAUAUAAAUGGAGAUAAUAUAAAUAUUGUUCCAUCGAAAUAA